GGGCAGCGGCCGCCCACCGGGUGUCCCGGCGCGGGGAUCCUCCGCUGCGAGCCAUGGCGGCGGCGGCGGGUUCCAACUGGGGCCUGAUCAUGAACGUGGUGAACAGCAUCGUGGGGGUGAGCGUGCUCACCGUGCCCUUCUGCUUCCGACAGUGUGGGAUCCUCCUGGGAGCCAUGCUGCUGAUCUUCUGCUCGUGGAUGACCCACCAGUCCUGCAUGUUCCUGGUGAAAUCAGCCAACCUCAGCAAGCGCAGGACCUACCCCGGCCUCGCAUUUCAUGCCUAUGGAAAAGCAGGAAAAAUGUUGGUGGAAACAAGCAUGAUUGGGCUGAUGCUGGGCACUUGCAUCGCCUUCUACGUCGUCAUCGGCGAUUUGGGCUCCAACUUCUUUGCCCAGAUGCUUGGAUUGCAGGUGUCGGGUCCGUUCCGCAUUGUCCUGCUCUUCGCCGUGUCCCUGUGCAUUGUCCUUCCCCUGAGCCUGCAGAGGAACAUGAUGGCCUCCAUCCAGUCCUUCAGUGCCAUGGCUCUCAUCUUCUACAGCGUGUUCAUGUUCGUGGUGGUGUUGUCCUCCUUCAACCACGGGCUGUUCAGCGGGCAGUGGCUGCAGAGGGUCAGUUACGUGCGCUGGGAGGGCAUUUUCCGCUGCAUCCCCAUCUUUGGAAUGUCCUUUGCCUGCCAGUCUCAGGUCUUGCCUACUUAUGACAGCUUGGAUGAGCCGUCUGUCAAAAUCAUGAGCUCCAUAUUUGCUUCUUCCCUAAACGUGGUCACCACCUUCUACAUCAUGGUGGGCUUCUUUGGCUACGUGAGUUACACCGAGGCCAUUGCUGGGAACGUGCUGAUGAACUUCCCUUCCAACGUGGUGACGGAGAUGAUCCGAGUGGGGUUCAUGAUGUCCGUGGCAGUGGGGUUCCCCAUGAUGAUCCUGCCCUGCAGACAGGCUCUCAACACCCUGCUCUUUGAGCAGCAGCAGAAGGACGGCACCUUCGCUGCCGGGGGCUACAUGCCCCCGCUGCGCUUCAAAGCCCUGACGCUGGCUGUUGUGUUUGGAACCAUGGUCGGAGGCAUCAUGAUCCCCAAUGUGGAAACAGUCCUGGGCCUGACAGGUGCGACCAUGGGAAGCCUCAUUUGUUUCAUCUGCCCAGCUCUUAUUUACAAGAAGAUCCACAAGAAUGCGCUUUGUUCACAGAUUAUCCUGUGGAUUGGGCUGGGCAUGCUGGUGAUCAGCACCUACACCACCCUGUCUGCCACCGAGGACACCCCUGUGAGGACAGAACCAGUGGGCUUGGAGCACCUGGACAGAGAGGAGAGCAGAAUUGACCAGGAUUCAGUCAAACUUCCAGAGCAGAACCCGGUGGUGGAGGAGCCUGAGGAUGACCGUGAUAAACCCAAAGUGCCUGAGGAGAAGGAGGAGAUGGAACAGCCACAGAUCAAGGUGCCCGUGCAGGUGCCCAAGAGGGAGGAGGAGAGAGGGAAGGUGGAAGAGAAAGUGCAGCUGGACCGUCCUGAUCAAGGGAUUGCUGUGCCCGUGGGGGAGGCCCAUCGCCACGAGCCCCCGGUCCCACACGAUGAGGUGGUCGUGGACAUGGGGCGGGAGCGGGAGGAAUCCAGCGAGAACAAAGCGGCUCCUGGAGGAGCCAGCGACCGUCUGCUGGAGGAGCCAGCCAGGCUGAAGCCCCCGAAGGAGGCACUGGGGCCAAAGCAAGGCAAGGAAGUGGCUGCUGAGAACCAGCAGCGAGGAGGGACUGGUGGGCCUGUCCCAAAUCUGGAGAAGGUCCCGGAGGCAGCGCUGCAGCAGGGGGGAAGGCCGCCCUACAAGGAGCUGGAGCCAGGGCAAGCCAAGCUGGAAGCCAAGGCACAGGCGGCCGUGCUGGAUGGUGACACUGCCGAGGCUGCUGAGAGGGACAAGGCACAGCUCCAGCUCCCCAGGAAAGCAGAGGAGGCUGCAAAGCCCGUGGAGAAGGAAGCAGACCCUGGUGAGAAGCAGGAGCUGCCCCUCCCAGAGAGAGCAGAGCUGCUGGAGAAGCAGAACACUGAGGAGAAGCAGGAGAAGGCAGGGGAAGCAGGGCCAGCAAAACUGCUGGACCACAACGUGCUGCUGCAGGUGAUCAAGGAGCAGCAGGUGCAGCACAAGCAGCUCCUGGACCAGCAGGCAAAGCUGCUGGCAGUGAUCGAGGAGCAGCACAAGGAGAUCCACCAGCAGCGGCAGGAGGAGGGGGCAGAGGAGAAGCCAAAGCCAGCAGAAGCACAGGCAGAGCCUGCCGUGCCCCUCUCCAGGAGCAGGGAGGACGAGAGCCUUGGAGCCAAGGGAGACACGGCCGGGAAGGAGCAGCUGGGCCAGCAGCCCCCCGAUUCCACCAGGCAGCACAGGGACAUGCUGGGGAAGCUGGAGGAGGCUGGGCAGAGGCGUGACAUUCCUGUGGCUGCUCCCAAGGAGCGGAAGGUGCCGCUGCAGGAGAUUGACAGAGCUGUGAAAAAUCCCGUGGAGAACCGGGAUCCCCUCCACGGGGAUGCCCAGCGUGUUCCAGCAGCCAGAAACCACCUGGAGAAAAAGGCCUUGGCAGAGGAUUUGGGAGGAGAACGUGAAGCCAAAGCUGGAAGAGAUGUCCACCAGAAGAAGAAUUUCCUGAAAGCCGUGGAAGCAGCUACAGCUCCCAUCCAAAGAGAACAGCCGGGGGCUGCCAAAGUUCAGGGAGUAGCAGGAAAGGGCUUGGAAAGAGACUCAGGAACAGACCUUAAAGCCAAAACUCUGAGUCAGGUGGAGCCCAAGGAGCUGGCAGGGGUGCCGGACUCUUCCAGUAACAGGAAUGUGGCAGUGAGGGAGCAGCACCCUCGGGACAGGGAGCGGCUGAGAGCAGCGCAGGCCGAGGGAGCGGGCGGGCGGCAGCGGGACCCGCCCGGCCACGGGCACGGGAAGGAGGAGGGUCCCGGGGAGGAGCCCCCGGGGGGCCGGCAGGGCCGGGGGGGUGGGGGUCCCUCCAAGAGCGCCCCUCAGGAUGCUGAGAAUGGAGCAGCUCCCCCCAGGGAUGCACAGCAGCCGGAGCACGACAUCAAACCCAACCGGGAGCUGAAGCUGCAGGGGGGGCUGGACCUGCGGCGCAGGAGACGGGACCUGGACCUGCUGCCUCCCGACCAGGAGGAGGAGGAGGAGGAGGACGGGGAGGAGGCUGCAGCAGGAGCAGGGGGGGUUCUGAUCGGCCUGAACCCCCUCCCCGACGUGAAGGUGAACGACCUGCGGAGCGCGCUGGAGGCGCGGCUGAGCCGGGUGGCCGAGGGCGCGCAGCACCUGGUGCGCAGCCGCCACAUCCAGCAGGUGACACAGGACAGCAGCCCGUGACAGUGUGCCUGUGCUCUGCAGGGAAGGCUCGGCCUCACUGAGUGUGGAGAGAUCUGAGCCAGCUGCGCCUUGCUGGACGCAGGGCUGGGAUCCACGGGAUCUCCUUGGAUCCCUGAGCACCACCCUGGGCUGUGCCUGCGGGUGGCCAAGGAGAUGGUGGCACUGGAAGUGACAUUCCUGCUGUCCCCCGCCUUCCAGAGCUGCCAUGCACCUCGGCUCCCUGCCAGGCCGCUGCUUCAAGGAGCUUUUCCAGCAUCUCAUUGACAUCCAAUUGCCUUCUCCAGCCAUCUCCCAGCUCCUCUCAGAAGCAGGAAGGGGCUCCAUGGCCCAGCUGAGCUGAGGGGGCCUGGGAUCCAUCCCCACCUCGGGAAGGGCUUUACCCCAGAGAGGCCGUGAGCUGAGGACCAGCAGAGCCAGCGCUCCAGUGCUGGGCUGGGAGCAGAGCCUCAUUUGUCUGGGCCACAGUGGUGGUUUAGGAACCUCAUUUAGUAGAAACGCUGCCUUAACUGGGCACAACUGCUGUUGUGCUGCCUCUCUCCCAGGGAUGGGGUUCCUUGGCACACACUGGGAUCACACAGAGCUCUGCCCCCUCUGCCCUCCCUGGUGCUCCUCUCUGUGCUCUCCAGCUCCAUUUUCCCCUCUCAAAAGUGCAUUAAGAAGCUCAACUUCCCCAUGACCCUUCCCAACCCGGCUUGAUUCUCCUGCCAGAAGUGAGUGGUUUGGGAGAAAGCAUGGCAGGGCCAGAUGGAUCCAGGGGCUCCACCUGCCCCUGCCUGUGUUCCCUGUGCUCUUCCCAGCCUCCCCCCGCCCUGUUCUGCAUCCAGACAGGUCCCUGCUCCACCUCUGGGAAUUUCUUUGGUGAGUGAAGAAGGGAGGAGCUUCCCCAAGAGCUCUGUGUCGUUUCAGGCUCCCCGUGAUUCAACCCUUCGGGUUUUUUGGGUUUUGUGUUUUUACAUCCCGACCUGCGAAUGUACAGAAUUCAGUCCCAAAGCUGUCCCUAGACCGGCUGAGAAUUCCCAGCCUGGAGCCCUCAGACCUCAUCACUGUGGUGGCUUUUCUAUCCCGACCUCCAAAUGUCUUUGGCGACCUCGAGUCUGUGUCCAGUGGGCCCCUGCAGAGCUGGCACGGGGUGGGACUGUCCCCGCCUGGUGCUCCCGGGGUGUCACAGCCCAGAGUGACAGGGGAGCCACCUGGGGAGUCCUUUGGGAAGACCCCCCAGAACGCUGUGGCCUUAAACCCCCCGAACCCAACGAGCUUCUCCAUUAACGCUGUCGUCAAGCACAAGCAGCACGGCCGGGAGGCGGGGACGGGCUCUGGAGCUCCAGGGCUGCCCCGGGACAGGGGUCCGGGCUGUGGCACAUCCACACCCAGCCUUCCCUUCCUGCGGUGCCAGGGAGCCCGAUCGGCUCCUUGUGCCCUGUGCUGCCGGCUCCGGCCCCGCGGGGGCACCGCCGCCUGUUCGUUGAUCUGUGUGUGAACAGAAGGGACCAAAGAUGCUCCUGACAUUGAUGCUCCUGACAUUCCUGCUCUGGGAAUGCCGCGGGCACCCCGGCCUGGGCGGGAGCCGCCUUGUCCUGCCGGGAUCGGCUCCCCGGGGCGGGGGGGACGCUGGCACGGAGAGCCCGGAGUGCGGGCUGAGCCCAUCAAUAAAAUAAGCUGAAGCAUUCUGA